ACAAACUUCUUUUCAUUUACUGAUGCAAAAAACAGAGCUAAGUUUGGCUGAAACAGAGUAAGUGUAGUUUUUGAGUUUUGAUAUUUGGAGGAGAGAAUAAUAUGGAGGAGCAGAAUAUUUCUCUGGUUGAGCUUCCUGCGCCUCCGUCUUGGAAGAAACUGCUCAUGCCGAAAAAAGGGGUUAGAGAAAAGAAGAAUGAGGUUGUAUUUGUUGCACCAACAGGCGAGGAGAUAAGGAAUCGAAGCCAGUUGGAGAAGUACUUGAAAACACAUGAUGGAGAUCCUCGUAUAUCUGAAUUUGAUUGGACUACUGGUGAGGCUCCGAGGAGAUCAGCACGGAUCAGUCAGAAGGUUAACGCAAUGCCACCUCCGGCAGUGCUUGAGCCGACAAAGAAACGACGUCGUACUUCUUCAGCUACAAAAAAAGGUAUGGAAAUGGAUGUUGCAAAUGUCGAGAAGGAAAACACAGACAAGAAAGACAUGGAAUCUGCCAUAGAAGAAAAGGAAGGCUUGGAGGAGGAGGAGAAUGUAGUAAAAGAUGAAAUGGCGGACACAGGGCACAAGAAAGAAGAGGAAUUCUCUGUUGGAGAGGGUUCACAGAUGCCGAAAUAUGAGGCUGAGGAGACUGGAGCAGAAGUUGAAAUGAAGGACAAGGAGGACAAGAUGGGGGCUAAUAAGGAAAAUACGGAGCAUAAAAAAGAGGAAAUGUCCGGUAGAGAGGUUUCAGAGAGGCGAACUGAGGCCAGCGAUGACACUCAGGUUGUGGGUGGAGGUAAAAUGGCUGAAAAUGUUACAGAGGAGACUAUCACAAUUGAUGCCAACUUCUGGAAUGAUUCCAUGGACAAGGACUGUUUCAAGGGAGUGUUUGUAAAUACUGUAAUUGAAGAAACAAAUGCUGCUGAAGCAGGAGCAGAAGUCGGGGAGAAACAGGGAUACGGGGAAAAUCUAGAAUCCCAGAUUGAUAAAGAUAGCGGUGCAGCUGAUGAUAUGAAUCACGACAUUCCAGAUAAGGUCACACCAGAAGGAAAUGUCGCAGGAGGGGAGACGUACAACAUUCAGCACUCUGCAUUUGUCGGAGAAACUAGUGGUUUCCGUGAAGAGCAUAGGUCACUGGAAGAAGAGGAAAAUAAGAACAGGGCUGGUCUGGUGAUGGAUAAUGGCAAGAUUAACCAGCCAGAGCGCGCACAUACCCCACAACAUCAAUCUGCUGCUACCAUAAGUUGCUGAGUGUAGCAUCUAAAAUAAAUUAGACCUUCGCCCAAUGCAUGUUUAAUCCGUAAUUGGACGAUUAUAAUAGUAUGUUUAGGUGUUUAGGAAUCAGCUUUUCUGCAGAUCAACUUUCCUGAUCUUUUUGUGACAGUGCAUCUGUGAUCUGUACUUUGUGAUGUAUUGUGGUCUUCUAGUAUCUUACUAACAUAAAUGGUGACUUGUUUAUUGUGGA